CGGUGACUGAUUCCUUGGUCAAUGUUGGAAGAUGAAACAACGAUUGAACUUGACGCUUCUUCUACUGUAGGCUAUUGUCGAAACGUUUCAACAAUAUUUCCCAGGCGAUCUGAUAAUUGGCCUUAGUAAUUGUCAGCGGGUCUAUCAGGCUUUCGGUUCUCCGUGAAGACAUCUCGAUCGAGCGCUCUGUCGAUGUUGUAUUGCUGUUGUUUCCCUAUUGUUGUAGCUAUUCUGUUUACUGCUAUUUUCUGCGCGUGUCGUGAUUCCAGGGACGUAGUGUUGGGUGGAUGAUAACUCUCCAACAGUAGUGUUGUUUAUGGUUCACACGAAGGGUUAGUUGUCUGGCAAUGAACACCAGGUUUAGACGAAAAAUGUUAAUUUGUCAUCACUCCAUCGAGUUCAGAUUAAAAUCGUCCCCUUUCCAGCUACGAAUUCAGAUUCGAUAUUCGCGUUUGCGGCUCACCAAUGCUUUCCCGUUCAUCUAACCACCGUGCGCUGUAUAUUUCCCGAAGCUAAUUAAUGAGUCCGUUUUAUUGCACGAUUUAAAAUUCCGCGGUAAUCGCCACCGGGAAACUGUUGAAUUAAAACCAAAUUAAAAGAUAUUAUCAUUCGUCACACCAGUUCGAUGGCCAUAUAACAUCGCGCAUCGGACAUAUCGGGUUGUCGUUCGUAUAAAGCACCCCUCACCCGAGUAGUGGAUUACACGUUUAACCCGACGGCAAUUACUAUCACACCCCGGAUUCGUAGCGAAUUUAUUAUUUUCGUUGCUCAUAUUGUGGUCAGCACAUUCCCCCGUAUCAUUCCCGUGGAAUCCCAAGCGCCCCAGAAACAUGCGGGAGCGCGCGAGAUUAUGUCUCACUGAUUAAAUUUAAUCGCGAAUUACGAUCUAGUUAUUUAAAGUCAGCUCAUUUGCAAUCGUAUCGUUUAAUCACUGCGUAGCGCCCCCGUGAAUUGAAAUCAGUCGAUAUUUAAAUUGAGUUGCGAAUAUAUUGAUAAAUUAAGCGAAAUUGUAUUUUUGAAUCUAAUCGGACAUUUUAUACCAUUGAAAGUGUACACUAGGUUUUAAGGUGCAUCGAACUUUUGGAGAAUUGCGCAAAUCUGGCAAUGAUGGUACAAAUGAUGACCUGGGCACUUGCCUGGGUGUCAUUGGUGAUAUGCUUAGAUGAUGGAUUCGAUAUGAUGGCGUGGAAUAGGAUUAUUAUGAUUACAGUCAUCACUAUUGAUACAUUCAUAUUUUGCGAUUUCGGAACCCAACUUAAGGAUGAGAGUUUCGCCGUAUCAACGGCAAUGUACAACCAAUGUCAGUGGUAUAAUUUGCCAGUGGACGUCCAGAAGUCACUUUCAUUAUUGCUGCACAGGUCACAAAAGAAGGACGGUAUUACCGGUGCAAAGUUCUUCUACGUGGAUCGCGAGCAGUUCGCCAGGGUGGCACAAACGUCCUAUUCGAUGUACUUGGUGUUGAAGGAACGGUUGUGAGCUAUUCGCUUGGGAUGGUUUAUUUAAUAUAUGAAUAUCGACUUCUGACCGUUUGAGCAAACACAGAUGUUGCUGAAUGAUAUUGUUAUGAGUAAAGAAGCACUUAUUUUAAAAUAGUUUUCAUUGCACCUUUCAAUUUAGUGUGGGAUUUAUUUCCAUUCUAGUAGUGAAAAGUGGAAAAUACAAUAGUUUACAAAUAU